CAUUAGUAAUCUGGCAAACUGGGUCUGGAACCCAAACAAACAUGAACACAAAUGAGGUAAUUAGCAACAGAGCUAUCCAACUUUUAGGUGGUCAAUUAGGAUCGAAAACACCAGUGCAUCCAAAUGAUCAUGUAAACAAAUCCCAAAGUUCAAAUGAUACAUUUCCAACGGCCAUGCAUAUUGCAGUAGCAAUGGAGAUCCAAUGUACUUUACUUCCAGGAAUGAAACAAUUGCACGAUUCUCUCAAUAAGAAAGCCAUAGAAUUCAAAGACAUUAUUAAAAUUGGUAGAACGCACACACAAGAUGCUGUACCAUUGACAUUGGGACAAGAAUUCUCAGCUUAUGUUGCCCAAAUGGCUUAUGGCAUUGAAAGAGUCGAAGCUUGUUACCCCCGGUUAUAUCAGCUGGCCAUAGGUGGAACAGCUGUUGGAACAGGAUUGAAUACUCGCAAAGGUUUUGCUGAAAAGUGCUGCAAAGUCAUUAGCGAACUCACAGGAAUUCCAUUCACAUCAGCCCCAAAUAAAUUUGAAGCUCUAGCAGCUCAUGAUGCCUUGGUUGAAGUUUCUGGUGCUCUUAAUGUAAUCGCUUGUUCUUUGAUGAAAAUUGCUAAUGACAUGAGAUUCUUGGCUUCUGGACCAAGAUGUGGACUUGGUGAAUUGUCUCUACCUGAAAACGAACCUGGAAGCUCUAUCAUGCCUGGUAAGGUUAAUCCAACUCAAUGUGAGGCCAUAACUAUGGUAGCUGCUCAAGUAAUGGGAAAUCACGUAGCUUGUACUGUUGGUGGAUCUAAUGGUCAUUUUGAAUUGAAUGUAUUUAAACCAAUGAUGGUUGCUAAUGUACUGCGAUCCAUCAGGCUAAUUGGUGACAGUUGUAAAUGCUUUGCAACAAAUUGUGUAGACGGAACCCAGGCCAAUAAAGAAAAUAUCGCUAAGAUAAUGCGCGAAUCCUUGAUGUUAGUAACAGCAUUGAACCCACAUAUCGGUUACGACAAGGCAGCUAAAAUAGCCAAAACUGCACAUGCCGACAAAUCUACUUUGAAAGAAGCUGCCUUGAAACUAAAAUACCUGACUGAACAACAAUUUGAUGAAUGGGUCAAGCCAGAAGAAAUGUUGGGACCCAAGUAA